AAGUAGUAUGGAAACUUGCUGAUAAAUUAACUACUGCAUUUCAACUAUCCGAUCCAACAAUUCACGAACUUUUUAAGGAUUCAAAAGAAAUAAAUAAAACGGGAUUUCUUCUAAUUGCAAUGUGUUAUGCAAAAGGUAUAGAAAAAUUAAACCUAAUCUAUAAUCAAGAAAUAUUAAAAACUGAGAAAAAAGAUGUCAAGGGCCAAAGAAGUUGCAAUGUAAAUGUAUAUAAAUUGUCAAGUCUGUCAAAUAAUAACGAUAAAAAGAAAAGAAAAAAAAUUAAUAUUAUUGAUAAAAAUAGUGGAAAUAAUGAUAAAACUAUUAGUGAUGAAAUGAAAUUACCUUUCACUAAACGCAUACAUAGAACAACAAGCAACAAUGCAAAAGAAAUUCUUUCUUGA